UUCGGGGCCGCCAGGCUGCGCUCUCGGGCCGGCGGCCGCUCCUUGCCGCCCUCCCCGGGCUACCGGGGCUUGGGGCACGGCGGAGCCUCGCCGCGAGCGGGCGGUCCCGGGACGGCGGCGGUACCGCCACCCACCAACCGCCAACCAACACCCAACACCCAACAACCACCAUCGGCGGCACCUGCGGCUGCGGGGGAAAGGCAGGGCUCGGCGGCCCGCUCCGAGCCCCCUCGGCCGGCCCGGCAUGACGCGGCGGCGCCCCGGCGGCGGCGGGAGGUGGGUACCGGUAGCCCUGGCCGCGCUCCUGGCCCUGCGAGGUCUGGUGUGUCCUCUGGAGGUGACAGUCAGUUCAGGGAGUAUCCAGGUUGCCCGAGGACAGACAGCAGUAUUGCCCUGCACCUUCACCACUAAUGCUGCUCUCACUAACCUUAAUGUCAUCUGGAUGGUCAUUCCUCUUUCUAAUGCCAACCAGCCUCAACAGGUUAUUCUCUACCAAGGGGGUCAGAUCUUUGGUGGUGCACCUCAGUUCUAUGGGCGAGUGGGGUUUGCUGUGACAAUGCCAACCACCAGUGCCUCCAUCUUCAUCAACAAUACUCAGCUAUCGGAUACCGGCACGUACCAGUGUUUGGUCAACAAUCUUCCCGACCGAGGCGUCAGGAAUAUUGGAGUCAUUGGACUUACUGUCUUAGUUCCUCCUUCUACCCCGCUUUGCAGAAUCCAGGGGUCCCUGGAUGUGGGGAGCGAUAUCACACUGACCUGCAGCUCGGAAGAAGGCAUCCCCCGGCCAACAUACCUCUGGGAGAAACUGGACAAUGUUCCCAAGUUGCCCCCAACUGCCACACAAGACCAAGUCCAGGGCACUGUCACUCUCCGAAAUAUCAGCACUGUGUCCUCAGGUCUUUACCAAUGUGUGGCUUCAAAUGCCAUUGGAACCAGCACUUGCCUUCUGGACCUGCAAGUCAUUGCACCCCACCCCCGGAGCAUUGGCCUGAUUGCAGGAGCGGUGGCCACAGGUGCCGUCGUGCUCGUUGUUUGCAUUGUGUUGGUGGCCGUGGCACUGUUUUACUGGAAAAAUAAACACAAAGAAGAAGAAGAGGAGGAGAUUCCCAAUGAGAUAAGGGAGGACGACCUGCCACCCAAAUGCUCCUCUGCCACAAAGACAUUCCAUGCUGAUGCAUCCUCAUCAGAGAAUGACACCCUCACCUCCUCCAACACCUACAACAGCCGCUACUGGAAUGACCCCAAAGCCAACCAUGCCACAGACUCCUUCACCCGUUUCAGCAACAGCAACGAUGCCCACCAGCCCCCUUUCUCCCGCUCGGGAAGCACGAGCACCCGCCCUGUCUAUGCCAACGGUGGCCACCCAUCCCCAGCUCCCCCUAAGACGCUGGUGGUGACAGCCAGCACAGCACCGUCCCCUCAGGAGGUGAUCCGGAGCAAUGGCUCAGUCAGCAGGAAGACACGGCCACCACAUACCCGCUCCUACGCUGUCAGCCAGGCCACGCUGGAGCGGAUCGGGGCUGUCCCCGUCAUGGUGCCCGCCCAGAGCCGGGCUGGCUCCCUUGUGUAAGGCCAUGCCAGCGGCCAAGAGCCGAGCAAGGGGCCUCUUGUACCCGGUGGGGUGAAGAGACUCUACUCCUUCCUGAAAGGUGAUGAGGCGGCAGGGGCACACUCACCUCUCUUCUCUGCCCUCCCCUUCUGAGGCUGCUGCCAGCUGGUGGGACAAUCCCGGCCAUGCCGCAUCUCCCCGGCUGUCGGGGCUCCUCGCACUGGUGGAUGCCACAGUUGUGCCAAGGCCAGGGGAGCAGGGGGGUCAGGACCCAUUCCCGGCUGCUGGGCCCCGGCUGGGAUGUGCGCCUGACCUCGGCGGGGACUUUUGCUUUUGUUUCCUGUUGGUUUUGAGAGGGUCAGUUCUAUCCAUUUGGGUCUUUCAGGGAGGCUUGGGGAGAUAUAUAUGUAUUAUUUUUUUUCGUUGUUGUUGCUGUUUUAUUUCCAAGAGGACGACAGCCUGUGUCAGGGCAGGGAGGGCUGAGUGGGGAGGGGUUCUGAGGCAGGUUGUGCCUCAACAUGGUGGCCCUGGCCCCCUCCCCAUGGCCCUGGCCCCACUGCCAGAUGAAGGAGGGCGGUGCGCCAGGGCUGGGUAUGAGGAGGCAUGGGCCAGUCUGGAGGGGCGAGAUGGAGGCACAGCCACCAGCUUGGCCAAGGGGGUGGCUGACUGAGGGCAUGGACCAGGAAGUGUUUUUCUUUAUUAUUGCAGUUUUGCCCCCACACCGACAUGCAAACAGACACACACAGACGCACACAGGUCUUCCUCAGACUGGCUGCUUUUCCUAUACUAGGGCAGAGUGCUGCCAGAGCCCUGUUCAUGGCUGUGGAGGAUGCAGCCACCUGAGUGUCUUUCCCCAGGAUGCCCCAUGCAGAGCGAGGCUGCAUUGCUGCUGCUGCUGCUGCUGUAGGGCUCGUGUCCUUUUUUUCUUGGGUGUUGCUGGGGUUAUUCAGGAGGCAGAGAGGGGCAGGGUGAUGUGGCAGAGCAGUAUGCAUGUCCAGAGGCAUCUGCUGCCCUGGGCUGCUCUGGUUCAGGGCAAGUGGCCUCAGACCCCACAGCCUUGGUACUUGCAUAGUCGGUUUUCCUCAUCGGGCUAUCCGAGGCUGGCUGGCAUGGCAGGGCAUGCGCUGUGCUUGGGGUCCUCACACAGAGGCAUCACAGUUCUCAUUUCUGCUCUCCCAUGCACACAGAAUUCCCAGACGCUGAGGUUGGCAGGAUUCGUUUCCAAAUCUCUUUCCUUAGAAAGAGUGAAAGCAGGGGCUUAAUAGAGGGGGUACCCUGUUGAAGCCCAAAUGCUAUGUCUUUGCCUCCCCUACUUCCCAUGAUGUCCUCAGGCAGCGUACUGGUGGCAUCUGCCAUCUCCUCGCAGCCAGGGAGGUGGUUGUGGCUGACACCUAUCCUUUUUCUAUUGCAACUCAAUAGCCUUAAUCAAAGCCAAGGGUUGAAACCACUGAAGGAGCCUGGUGCCAUUUGGAGUGCUAGACUGGGGGCUGAGACUUGCCCUCCUAGAGAGCACUGGCUCAAAGGGGCCACGCCCAGAUGGGUGUCUCAGCCUUCCCACAUAACACCAACUGCUGCACAUGUAAAGGCAGUGGUCACCUCCAAAAGCACCAGAGCCCUCCCAGGUCUGCUCUUGGAAAAGCAAUGUGGGGAGUCACAGGUGACUUUCCAUAGCUCUCACACUGGAAAAAGGGUCUGUUUUUAAGCCAACAGACUCUUCCUCAUCCCCACUUUCCUUGUCCUGGCACGGCUUUAUAUACCCUAGCAGUGCACAGACCUUGGGCGGGUCCUUCUGCCUGAGUGGUACCUUUCAAAUGCAAGCACAGACUCUGAGGAAGAGGAGGGAGAGGUGAGGGCUGGGUUCCCACAUGAACACAGUAGCUUUCUGGGAGGUUGGGGGCUCCCAGACAGCACUAGGUUUGAAGCUUGGCUGAGAUUUUGUGCCUUCUUUGCUUAAAAUAAAAAAAGAAAAGAAAAAGGAGAAAAAAAAAAAUCCAACUUCCCUUCCUUCCCCCUCCUACACAAGUCCGUCCAGAAUGGGUGUAAAACCCUGCAGCAGCGGUGCAGGCAGGUGGUUGUGUGAGUGUUUACAUUUCAACCGAGCAGUCCUCUUUCCUGCCUGUCUGCUCACUUUGCUGCUGGGUAGUACGAUUGACGGGGGAAGACGAGUGGCUUUAGAAACCCUAAUGUGGGAGGGGGGAAAAAAAUCAAGCAAAAGGCCAGACACAUUCUUUCCACUUUUAUAACAACCCCUGUACAACAUUUACAGGAACACUGCCCUCAGCAGAUCCCCUCCUCUACUGGGAAAGCUCUUCUGGUUCCUACCCUCCAUGAGACUGUUUGCUCCUCUUUCUUUGUUCUUUCUAAUUGUCUAAAA